CAGCCGUACUUCAAAGCUUCCACCAUGGACGCGGCAGAAGACCGCGAGGUCAAGCUCCAGCGCGCCUCAGGCGACCUCGUCCAGGAGUUCUCCGCCCAAUUACCCUCCUUGCUGUGGAAGAAGCAGCAGCAGCAGCAGCACAAGGACUCCCGAGCCCGAGUCCGCGUCCCACGCCGCUGGACCUCCGCGGCCAAGACCGAGAGACUCGUAGCUUUAUUGGAACCCUUUCAAGAAUGGCCCCAACUGCUGGACCCGCACCUGCCAACCCUCCUCCCGCCCCUGGUCGACGCCUUCCUGGCCUAUUUGCUUCAGGACCGCGACUGCGAGGCCUCCGCGCCCCAGCCGUCGGCGUACCCGCUGCCCCGCGCCGUCGGCCGCCUGCUCUACACCUUCUGCAAGGUGCGGGGGGUCAAAGUCAUCAGCCGGUUCUUGAACAAUGAGCCGAAGUACCUGGAUCCGCUGCUGCGGGCGUUCAUUGCUUGGGAUGUAGACUCGAAUGAAGCGCUGCCCUGGGAUGGCCCCCGCCGCAUGGUGUGGGAGGAGCGCUAUGUGAUGCUCAUCUGGUUGGCGCAUCUGCUGCUCGCGCCGUUUGAUCUUGCGUAUCUGUCUUCGGAUGAUGUUGUGGUGCCGUUUGGGAAUCUGGGGGUGGUGGGGGGGUUGGAGGGGCAGGGGCAGACGCCCAGGCUGGCGCUGGCGCUGCGGUCUGUGGCGUUGGAGUAUGUGCAUGUGGCUGGGAAGGAGCGCGAGGCCGCGACGGUCUUGUUGGCGCGCUUGGUUUUGCGGCGCGAUAUGCAGGCGCUGGGGCUUUUGGGGGGGUUGGUGCGCUGGGCGUUUGGGGUGCUGCUGCCUGCUGCUGGGGGUGGGAGUGGGAGUACGGAGUCUACGACUACGACUACGUCUACGUCGGUCUAUACGUGUAUCGGGGUGUUGUCGUUUCUGGCCCGCUUGGCGGCGUCGGGCCAGGUGGAGGACUUUGCACCGUUGAUCGUGCCGGUCUUUCGGCAGACGCUGCGCGUCGUGCAGGGCACCUCGGAGGUGUCGCGGGUCAUUCAGUCGUCGGCGUCGGCCAGGAAGAUUGUUAUCAAGAUCCUGCGCGCGCUGACGGUGAUGGCGCUGGCCGCUGGCGAGCGGGCAGGCAGUGCGCUUACCGAGGAUGAAGUCUCGAGUAUCCUGGAGGACUCCAUUGAUCACUUCCUCGUCUCGCUGGCGGAUAAGGACACCCCGGUGCGCUUUGCGGCCAGCAAGGCGCUGAGCAUCAUCACCCUCAAGCUGGCCCCGGACAUGGCGUCCGAGGUCAUCGAGGCCGUCACCGGCUCGUUGGAAGAGAACAUCCUGUACCAGAGGUCGGACGGCGCCAUCGUGACGCCCUUGGAGGCGCGUCGCAUCGGGAUGAGCAGCCUCAAACGCAACCUGAGCGCCGUGGACGCCCAACGCUGGCAGGGCCUGGUCCUCACGCUGGGCCACCUGCUCUUCCGCCGUGCGCCCCCCACCCACCAGCUGCCUGCGGUGCUGCAGCCGCUGGUGUCGGGUCUGGACUUCGAACAACGAUCCUCGACGGGCAGCUCGGUGGGCACGGGCGUCCGCGAUGCCGCGUGUUUCGGCAUCUGGGCGCUGUCGCGCAAGUACACCACCCAGGAGCUCCUCGAUCUGACGACACAGGCCAUCAGCACCCCCAGUGCCCAGGGGGAGCAGUGCACCACCUUGCAGAUGCUGGCUGUUGAGCUGGUCUGCGCGGCCUGCGUGGACCCCUCGGGCAACAUCCGGCGGGGCGCCUCGGCGGCCUUGCAGGAGCUGAUCGGCCGUCAUCCGAAUACAAUCGCCGAGGGGAUCCCGCUGGUCCAGGUGGUGGACUACCAUGCGGUCGCGCGACGCUCGAGGGCGAUGAAUGAGAUUGCGGCAGCCACGGCCGCGCUGAGCCCUCACUACUGGAGUCCACUGGUGGACGCGCUGAUGCAUUGGCGGGGCAUCGGCUCGCCGGACGCCGAGUCGAGAAGGCAAGCGGCGCGGGCCAUUGGGGGGCUGAGUGUCCAGGGCUCCUACCGGACGAUGCAGCAGGUGCUGGAGCGGUUGCUCGCGCGGCUCCACGGGAUCCCGCACGGUGAGGUGGAGACGCGGCAUGGUUGUUUCCUGGCCAUCGCCGCGACGAUCGAUGCAUUCCACGACCAGCGGGUGAAGACGGAGGGCGCAGCGGUGCCGGAAGCGGUGGCCGUCGCCGGUCUGUUGGAUCGGGUCUGGGGGAUCUUCGACUCGCCCCUCGGACCGACGAAGGACGACCUGACGCUGCAGAGCUGGCGGCCGGAGCUGACGGCCGAAGCGUCGGCGUGUCUGAUUGACUCGCUCUCGCGCGCGACGUCAUCGCAAGCCGGGCCACGGCCUCCCCCUCCGUCGUCGGCCGUCUUGGACCAGGCCCGCGACGUGCUCCUGCUGUGCAUAUCGCGGAGCGAGGAUAUCUCGAUCGAGACUUCCUCGCAGGCCGUCUCGGAGCUGUGGCCUCUGCUGUCGUCCGAGACGCAGCACGAGAUCCUGGAGGCGUGGUUCGCGCAUCUCAGCACCGCCUGGAACCUGCCCACCGGCCGCGGCCAAAUCGCGGCGUUGGGUGCGGUGUUCCGACGGCUGCCGCCGGACAGUCCCCUGCGGGAAUCGGUGAUUGCGAACCUGACCCGGUGUGCGGAGAAGGAGGAGCUGAUCGAGAAGCGGGUCGCGGCUGUGAGGAGUUUGUCCGGCGGGGUUCUGCCGCAUAUUGACAUCACGGAUCGUCUAGUGAACCACCUGGUCACACUCCUGAACGAUUACACCACCGACCGCCGCGGCGACGUGGGCUCCCUGGUCCGCCUCGAAGCCAUCCAGGCCGCGGGGAUCAUCCUGCCCAACGAUUCGGCGGGCCGUAGUCGCGUUCGAUUCCAGGCUAUCGUCGGCUGCCUCUGCCGCCUCGCAGCCGAGAAACUGGACAAAGUCCGCAUCGCCGCCUGGCUUUGUCUGCAGCGUUUCUGGGAGACGGCCGAGGAGUUUCCCCCGCUGCUGAAUCAAUACGACCACUUCAGCCACGUCUCGACCGCGGCAUACUUCCUCCAACUCCUGAGUCUCCAGCAGAUCCCCUGGCUGCGGAUCCCCUUGUUCCAGGGUCUGGCGACCUCCGCGGUGGCCGGAAGCGAGGGCCUCAUCCGUGCGAGUCGGGCAGCGUUGGUCAAGAGUUUUUUGGCGGGGGAGGAGCAGCAGCAGCAGCAGCAGCGGCAGCAACAAUACCUCCUCGCCCUGCUCACCGACCUCAGCAGCAUCUUGGCGACGAAUCUGCAGGACGAUCGCUAUGCUAUCCCGGUGAUGGAGUUUGUGGGGUUUGUUCUUGAUGGGUUUGGGUUUGGGUUGCGGGUUGUCGAGGGUUCGGAGGGUGUUGCGGAUAUUUUGAGAGAGAUCUUCGUGCUCGUCCAAAAAGCCCACUUCAAAUCCCCCAAUCUGGCCCGUCUGGAGGCUGCGGUGAGAGUCUACGCGCCGCUGUCGAGGGUUGCGGAGGAUCUGGAUGGGGAUGGGGAUGUGGAUGGGGCGGCAGCAUUGCAGAAGGACGUCCGCAAGAAGAUGACGGGGUUGCUUUUGCAUCCUUUUCCGAGGGUCCGAUCACUCACGGCAGAGUAUCUCUUCAUGGAGACCGGGGCGGAGGUGGUCAAGGUGGAGGAUUGGACGCGGCCGAAUCGCGAGUUGAAGGGGGUGGUGGAGGUUGUGCGGGGGGUGGUUUUGUGA